AUGGCCUGGAAUACCAACUGCCAAAGCACCAUCACUGUGCCUGUGGCAACAGUUGAUGUCCAAGCAGUGAAUGAAGACCGGAUCUACAUAAAGCUCUCUCGCUCAUCAUUUGCAAAGUGCCAGGCUCUCUGGAACAAGAGCAGCAGAUCCACCUCAGCUAUAGAGAUAAUUGAAGAACACUGCAAACUCCAGCUCCUGAGGCCUUGUGAAACAAGGUGGAAUUCUCUCUUCUAUGCUGUUGAGAGGAUUGUACGGAUUGUGAAAGAACAAGGAGAAGCAGCCAUUGCAGCGAUCUGCAGCACGCUGAAGAUUCCGAUGUUCAGUCCUGCCGAGAUUGCUUUUCUCACAGAAUAUGCAAAGACCAUGAGCCCAGUUGCAAAAGCAGUUGAUGUUCUUCAGGCUGAGGCAAACGUGCAGAUGGGGUGGCUUGUACCCACCAUCACACUGCUCAAGUCCAAGCUCCAGAACCUUCACACCACCUCCAAGUACUGUGGGCCAUUGGUGGAUGCUCUUCAAGCAGGGCUUGAACGUCGCUUUGGAGAGACGCUUGCUGAUCCAGAGCUGAUUGCUGCUGCCAUUCUUGUCCCCAAGUUCAGGACACGCUGGACUACUGAUGAAGGCAUCAUUAAAUGUGGCCUUGACUACAUCAAAACCCACCUGAAGGAGCAGAGUAGUGCAGCACAGUCAGGUGACUCUCUGUCGUCAGCAGAAGAGGAGGACUUCUUUUUGUCAAUCAAGCAGACAGAUCAACGGGACGGUAACACCAAACAACUAGAUUCCUACCUGGCCAGUCCAACUGAUACCAUGGACAUCCUAAAAACAUUUCCAUCUGUGUGCCACCUGUCUCUUAAGCUCAACACACCACUACCUGCCUCAGCUGCCUGUGAGAGGCUUUUUAGCACAGCAGGAAUGAUUUUUAGACCCAAGAGGGCUAAGCUGCUUUCUGAGAACUUGGAAAACCUGCUUCUCAUGAAGCUCAACAAAAGGUUUUGUUAAAUUUGUUUUGUUUACCAUUAAACUCACAUAGAGGGAUGGAGUGAUGCAGUGCAGAGGUGGAGAGGGGGUUUAGUGCUGUGUAGGUGUAAACAUGAGUAACAUAUGAGGAGCACAAGUGUUGUCUUUAAUGUGAAGGGUUUUUCAUUGAUCUUCACUGAAUGCAUGGUGUGCAACUUUUUCUUUUUUCCAUUUUCAAUUUCUUUGGCAGGAAGAUAUCACAGUGUUUAUUGUACUGGAAAAUAGCUAGAGAAGCUUAUUUUCAUCUGUAGUUCCUGGGUGUGCCACGU